UUCAGUCUGGCUUCUGCAGCUGGGUGCUUUCCUGGAAGCUGCCCCCAUAGAUCUGCACUCCAGAUCUCAAGCUGAGCAGCUGCAGGAGGAAGAUGGACCCGUUGCUCUGGCUGUGGAUCGCAGCUUUCCUGGGGAUGAGCCAGGGCUGCCCGGAGCCCUGCUCCUGUGUGGACAAAUACGCCCAUCAGUUCGCAGACUGCGCUUACAAAGAUCUGCAGGCGGUCCCAGUGGGUCUGCCCUCCAAUGUGACCACCCUCAGCCUGUCCGCCAACAAGAUCACCUCCUUGCAGAAGAGCUCCUUCGUGGAGGUCACCCAGGUCACCUCGCUGUGGCUGGCUCACAACGAGAUCAGCGCCAUCGAGGAGGGCACCUUCGCCAUCCUGGUGCAGCUGAAGAACCUGGACAUCAGCUACAAUCAGAUCAUAGACUUCCCCUGGGGGGAUCUGUACAACCUCAGUGCCCUGCAGCUUCUCAAGAUGAACAACAACCACAUGGUGAAGCUGCCCUGGGAGGCCUUCCACACCCUGAAAGACCUGAGGUCCCUGCGCAUCAACAACAACAAGUUCACUACCAUCGCCGAGGGCACUUUCGAUUCUCUGACUUCCCUGUCUCACCUGCAGAUCUACAACAACCCCUUCAACUGCACCUGCAGGCUCCUGUGGCUGAAGAGCUGGGCUGAGAACACCCUGAUCUCCAUCCCCGAGAGGGACUCCAUCAGCUGUGCAGCCCCGGACAGCCUCCGAGGCGUCCCCCUGGGGAGGAUCCCCGACCUGCAGUGCGCGCCUCCCUCCGUGCAACUGACAUACCACCCCAACCUGGACAACACCGAGCUCUAUGACGGCUUCACGCUCCUGCUGCACUGCAGCGUAAGGGGCAGCCCCCAGCCGGAGGUCAGCUGGAAGGUGCAGACCGCCAGCCAAAACCUGGAGAUAAAGGGGCCCAGCGUAGAGAGGGCUGGGAACGAGCUACCGUCUGACAGCUCCAAGCAGGGCGCAGGGCGCUUCCUGGUCUACGGGAACGGCACCCUGGUCAUCCCCCACCUGAGCAAGCGCGAGGAAGGGACCUACACCUGCCUGGCCACCAACGAGCUGGGCAGCAAUCAGACCUCGGUCAACGUGGCUGUGGCUGGGGCCCAGAAAUACCCCGCCCACCCCAUGGAGGAUCCCCUGGCCGGCAAAGCGCAGCCGGGCGAGAGGAAGCCGGGCCCCAAGGGCUCCAAGAACAGCGUCCUCAGCCCCGAUGAGAGGCCCAAACCCCUCAGCCCCACCCGGCACAGCUCCCACUCGCCGGGCCUGGAGCAGGUCCCCGCCAAGCGGCCCCCCUUCGAGAAGAAUUGCGGCUCCAGCGCGGACACCCAGUACGUCUCCAACCAUGCCUUCAACCAGAGCGGCCAGCUGAAGCAGCACACCUUCGACCUGGGCGUCAUCGCGCUGGACGUGUCGGAGAAGGAGGCCAAGGUGCAGCUCACCCCCUUCUACGGCCAGCCGGAAAAAGCCCACCUGCGAGCGCUCUACCUGUGCGCAGAGAGCGGCCAGGGCCACUCCAUGGUGCAGUGGUCCAGGAUAGAGGAAGGAGUGAACUCCUACUGGUUCCAGGGCUUGACCCCAGGCACCAACUACUCGGUCUGCCUGACCUACCUGGGGGAGGACUGCCAGGUGCAAGUGGUCUUCACCACCAAGAAGGAGAUCCCCUCCCUCAUCAUCAUCGUGGUGGUCAGCAUCUUCCUGCUGGCCCUGGCCACCGUCCCCCUGCUGGGGGCCACCUGCUGCCACCUGCUCGCCAAGUAUCAGGGCAAAACCUACAAACUCAUCAUGAAAGCCCAGAACCCGGACCAGAUGGAGAAGCACAUAGCGGCCGAUUUCGACCCGCGGGCCUCUUACGUGGAGUCGGAAAAGAACUACAACCCAAGUGAGGCGGAGGAUGGCGAAGAGGAGCGGGAGGCGGAGGGGGAGCGAGACGAGAGCCUGGUGGCCGAGUCCAUCGCCGAGUCCCAAUCCAAAGCCAACCCGGAGGAGUUUGAGGUGGGGUCCGAAUACAGCGACAGGCUGCCCCUGGGGGCCGAGGCUGUGAACAUCGCCCAAGAGAUCAAUGGGAACUACAGGCAGCCAGCUCGCUGAUCCGACCCCUGGCCUCCCCACAGCCACCGCCCCAACCAGUAUAUCGUAUAAUACAAACUCGAGGUGGGACCUGAGCCAUUCACUGGUUGAUCAGCUACAUCCUUCCAAAGACACUUCUGCCAACAGCCCAGCGUGGGGGAAACCCAACAGGAUUCAAAUCCCAACCCGUUUUUCUGGCCUCACUAAGUACUUCAGGGUGGGGUUAAACAAAAUAGAUGGAAUGAAUUGGCCUUUAAAAAGUUUUUAACACACUAUUUGAAAUACAAAGUUUUAAAACAAAACAAAACCAUCUGCUCCCAACAUAUUAAUCCUAAACGGAGGCUGUGGUCUUUUUUAAAAGCUAUGUUGGUUUGUUACAAUUAAAAUACAAUGGAUUGACUAUUUCCCCCUCUUUCACAUAAAAAAAAUCGAAGAUAUCCUGAGUUAAUUUCAUCAAGGCCAGUUGUCAAUUUCAAGCGUGAGUGAUGUCAAUUUCAGGCAGUUUCUGUACUGGACAGCUCCCAUCGCCCUCCCACGCCAAUGCAAACAGCCGUGCCCUUCCCACGCUGGGAUGUAUAAAUCCGUGUAUGGGGAGGAUGGGUGAGUGGGUAACUGAAACCCACACCGGUCCUGACCAUCCGAUCAAAGAUACACAAGCUGAUCUAGCGGGUCACCUGUACCUAGACUGUUAAUGGAACCGUGCUGUAGAAUUUAAGAUGUGUGUGUGUGACUUGGUCCUCUCUUAACUAGUGGGUGCUUCUCAUUUCUUUAGAGGUAGGGAAGGGAGUGUGGAAAUACCACCUCUGAUCUUUGUUGUCCCUUUUUCCCAGACCUUCUGGGAGGCAUGUGACUCACUGAGAUUUCCUAGAUGUUUGUUGAGUAGAGUAGCGUGCUUAUAGAGAAAUGUAUGUACCCUUGAUGUGAGUCUGUGAUGUUUAAAGGGGAACGGGAAAUGAUAGGUAACCUUUGUCGUGGAAUUGAGAAAAAUCUGAAAUGUAUAUGCAGCAGGUGCAUUUGUGGGUUAUUUUUGUCUCUGUAUUAAAAAAGCACCAAAAAUCAAAAUGAAUCAGCACAACUGUCCCCAAGGCAAAGAAAGAUUGUUUGUUAAUUGAUUGUUAAAUACUUUCAAAAGCAACCUUGAAAACAAACGGAACCAUAACCUUUUCUAAGCGCUUCUGUAUGU